UCAGUAAACAGUCAAUUAAUUAAAUUAGUUAAAAUGAUAGGAAAAAUGUUCUCCAAAAGGCUCUGAAGAGCUUACAGUACAACUCUUAAUGAAUCAACCAUUGCUCGCCCUCUCAUCCGCACAGAAUAUGCUGUGAGAGGAGCUAUCGCUGAUAAAGCAGCAACAAUGAAGAAGCAAAUGGAACAAGGAAUCAAGUUUCCAUUUGACAAGAUUACUCACCUAAAUGUUGGAAAUCCUCAAGAUCUUGGCCAAAAGCCAAUAACUUUCAACAGAGAAGUACUUGCAUCAUGUUUGACUGAUGAUCCUGAGAGAAACCGGAUGAUUUACUCAGCUGACGCUGUUGACAGAGCUGACUUCUACCUGAGCAACAUCAACAACCGUGCAGCUGGAGCUUACUCAGAUAGCCCAGGAAUCGACAUAAUUGUCAAGGAAGUUAAAUCUUUUAUUGAGAAAAGAGAUGACGUAGAAGUAGGUGAAGACAAUAUCUUUCUCACUGAAGGAGCAAAUGAAGGUAUCACACUCAUGAUGAGACUCUUGAUUAGAGAAAAGAGUGAUGGAAUAAUGAUCCCCAUUCCCCAGUAUCCUAUUUACUCUGCUCUAACUACUAAAUAUAAUGGUUCACAAGUCCCUUAUUAUCUCGACGAAAAUAAAGGAUGGGGGAUGUCGUAUGAAGAACUAGAACGAUCUUAUAAUGAAGCCACUGAUAGAGGAGUCAAUGUAAGGGCACUGGUGGUUAUUAACCCUGGUAACCCUACAGGGCAUGUUCUCACUCAAAAAGACUUGAACAAAGUGAUCCAGUUCGCCCACGACAAACAAAUCUUGGUACUUGCAGAUGAAGUAUACCAGAGAAAUAUCUAUGUUGAUAAGGAGUUUUGUUCAGUCAGAAAAACUCUUUCAGAACUUGGAAGUCCAUAUAACGAUCAUGUUGAACUCGCCUCCUUCCAUUCGUUAUCGAAGGGACUCCAUGGAGAAUGUGGCUUAAGAGGCGGGUUUAUGGAGCUUCACAAUAUUGAUAGCUUUGCUAAUGCCACAAUCAACAAAUUCAAAGCUAUAACAUCCUGAGCUAAUAUCAUCGGGCAAAUCGGAGUUGGAUUAAUGGUGAACCCUCCCACUCAAGAUACCGUAUCAGAAGGCGUCUUUGAUGCUUAUCAAGAACAAGAGCAAGCCAUUUUCAACGGAUUGAAGCGUAGAGCUAACAUUAUGACUGAAAAAUUGAAUGGCAUUGAAGGGAUCACCUGUAACGAGGUAGAAGGCGCUAUGUAUGCUUUUCCUAAAAUAGAUUUGCCCCAAUCUUAUUGUGAUUCUGCCCAUAAAGAAGGAGUCGCUCCAGAUCUUAAGUAUUGACUAGAUAUCUUAGAGAAGACAGGAAUCAUGAUAGUCCCUGGAUCUGGAUUCGGCCAAGAAGAAGGAACCUACCACUUCAGAAUCACAAAUCUGGUAAAAUCAGAGGAAGAAAUGGAUGCUGCUCUUCAGCAAAUCGGAAACUUCACUGCCGAUUUAAUGUAGCCUACAAGAAGACAUGAUGUAUUAACAUCGUGUUGCUUUCAGACAUAUUUAAUAUUUUG